UUUUACUUUUAUUCUCCCAAAAGGGUCGAUUCGACAUUUUGGUUGCAAAAGUCGAAGGCCUAGCUCCGACCUCUGAAAACUCGAUCGCAACUAAAAAUUGGGUUGAUAAUCCAUUUUGUGUGAUUUACACAGAAACCUCUGAAGUUGUCACUCUCAGCUCAGAUCGCCAUGCCUCCUGUUGGCCCUCGAUCCGGUGACGCAAUCUUCGCUAACGUUGAACGCGUGAAUGCGGAGCUGUUUACGUUGACGUAUGGUGCAAUCGUGCGCCAGCUGCUCACGGACCUUGAGGAGGUUGAAGAGGUUAACAAGCAGCUCGACCAAAUGGGCUAUAAUAUUGGAAUUCGAUUAAUCGAUGAGUUUCUCGCAAAAUCUAAUGUAUCUAGAUGUGUUGACUUCAAAGAAACCGCUGAAGUGAUUGCAAAGAUUGGUUUCAAAAUGUUCUUGGGGGUCACUGCAUCUGUUACGAAUUGGGAUGCUGAUGGAACAUGUUGCAGCAUUGUUCUGGAGGACAAUCCUCUGGUAGACUUUGUUGAGCUUCCAGAUACUUGUCAGGGUCUGUACUAUUGCAACAUCUUGAGUGGAGUUGUAAGAGGUGCCUUAGAAAUGGUAUCCAUGAAGACUGAAAUCAGUUGGAUCCGUGAUAUGCUUCGAGGUGAUGAUGCAUUUGAAUUGCAAGUUAAACUACUCAAGCAAGUUCCAGAAGAGUACCCAUACAAAGAUGAUGAGUAAAAUGCUGGCGCUACGUAACAUGAUAUGUACACAGUUGUGGUUUUUGGUUGCACCUUUCCUUGAAAUCAAAUGCUAGCAGCUUGUUUUCUCAGUAGUACACAUUCGCAGGGCACAUUGAAUGGAUAACUGUAUUUUCAUUUACUCGCCAUUUUAUUUUUACGGUGCUAUGAACAUAGGCUAGCAUGGCAAACCACUGAAUGCUGCAUGUUUUGUUCCUGUUUGGUUGUAAGAAGAGUCAUCGAAUGAAUCUAUAGACUACUAGAGUUAUUCUACCGACCAA